AUGGACACGAAUUUCGUGGAAGAGUUGCUGCAAAAGGUGUCCGAAGACGAAGAGAAGGCCAAUCGCAGCGUCAGAGUUGACAAACAAAUCGACUUGACUUUCGACUUAAGACAUUUGGUGUCCGAAGACGAAGAGAAGGCCAAUCGCAGCGUCAGAGUUGACAAACAAAUCGACUUGACUUUCGACUUAAGACAUUUGGUCGCCUUUGACACCAACCCAUUGAAUGGCAAAGAGUUGAGGUCUAAUAAAGAGCAAUACCUUCAAGACUUGGCCCGAGAUAACUGUCAACUCAUUAUCAACGAGUUGUGGCAAUUGGAGACUAAACGAGUGGAUGACACAGUUGUGGCGCAACUUCCUCCACAUCAGUAUCUGUUGCCACGAAGCAAACCCAUCCCUAAACCCAAAGCGCCGACCAAAUGGGAAACGUAUGCCAAACAGAAGGGCAUUCAGAAGACGAAGAAAGACAAACUCAUUUGGGAUGAAGUGAGCGGUGAAUGGAAACCACGGUUUGGCUUCAGAGGAAUCAAUCAGAACAAGGAUUGGGUGAUCGAAGUGCCCAACAAUUCAGAUCCAAACGUGAAUUACUUCGAGAAAAGAUCGGAAGACAAGAAGGAAAGGAUCGCUAAGAAUGAGUUCCAACGGCUCCGGAAUAUCGGUCGCUCACAGAAGUUGAAGAUCGCCGGCAACUCCGGAGUAAUGCCUCACACGAACCAGUCUCAGGAACAGCUGAAGAGGGCGUCGGUGUUGGCCAAGGACUCGACCGCAUCUGUCGGUCGGUUCGCAGAGAAGUUGUCCGAAGAGAAGGCGCCGAAGAAUAGCGGCAAACGAAGACAAUUUGAGCCCAAUUUGGGUGAUAUGUCUCAAGAAAACGAUAAAAAUAUGAAAAUUAUUGAUAAUAUUAUUAAUAAAAAGCCGAAACUAGAUAUCGAUAAAGCGAUUGAACCGAAGGUUAAAAAUCGAAUUAGUUCCAAGAGAUCUAAACCCGAUUUUAGGGGUAAAAGUGGACAGAAAUUCGACAAAAAGAGACGAAAUCCGACUAACGAUAGGAAUCAGAAUAGGAGUCAUAAUUCAAAGCAAAAUCAAUCGAAAGCGCCGCCGAAGAAGUCCAACAAAUUCGGCGCAAACGGCAGACCCCGCAAGAAAUAGACGGACAGUUGGCUUAUGUGACGGUUAUAUUGUUUUGUAUGAAUACAAUUGAAUUGAUAAUUAAAUUAAUCGAGUUUUCAUUGAC